AUGUGGUUGUCGGCCAAACAAAUUACGCCUUUCCCUCUCACCUGGGUCCGAAUGAGUCCAGUGAACAGCUUGUGGUUCAAGUGGAAAAGCCUUCGAUUGCCGUGGCGAAGAUCCUUCCUUGUCGGCACCGACUUGUCUGGGAACACAUACUGGGAAUUCAAAGACUCACUGAAUGCCGGGCGAUACCGGCGGAUCGUCAAGUACAACUCCAAAACCCACUAUGCGGACGUGCAAGUGACUCCCCAGUGGCACCAAUGGCUUCGAUACGUCCGUGCCGACCCUCCCUCGCUUGAAGAACAGCAGCAGGAUGUCAUCCGGCAAAUCCAGAUCAAGAAACUCGCCCAAUUUGCCGAUAUGCGGUGGGCAAGCAAGCCCUCCUACCUCGACAAGCCGCAGACACAGCAGCCGGGGCCCGCGACCAGAACGAGCGAUGCGACUUUGCAUCCACCGAUGGGAGCGGUCGGCGAGGGUCCCAAGCCAGUCGCACAUCUGACAGGCAGAACCCUGACGGGAAUCUUCACACCGGUAGCAUGUGUGAAUGGAAGCUGUUCAUAA